GGUGGCUCGAGGACCGGGGGCAGAAACACUGAGCAGACCCAACUCAGAGCACGAGCACGGAGGAGAUAGAGCGCGAGGCAGCACGCUGAUCUGUGAGGCUCCCCGCGCGCGUUAAAGUCUCUCACUGUCUGUUCUGAGCCUCUGAGCCGACCCGCCUGGUCACCAUGGCAGACGACUUGGACAUGCGGAAUGAACUGACCAACCUGCAGGAGAGAGCCGACCAGCUGGCCGAUGAGUCGCUGGAGAGCACUCGGCGCAUGCUGCAGCUGGUGGAGGAGAGCAAAGAUGCUGGUAUCAGAACUUUGGUUAUGCUGGAUGAGCAGGGAGAACAACUGGAGCGCAUCGAGGAGGGGAUGGAUCAGAUCAAUAAGGACAUGAAAGAAGCAGAAAAGAAUUUGACGGAUCUAGGAAAUCUCUGUGGUCUUUGUCCGUGUCCCUGUAACAAACUGAAAGGUGGGGGUCAGUCCUGGGGCAAUAAUCAGGACGGAGUGGUGUCCAGCCAGCCGGCCCGCGUGGUGGACGAGCGUGAGCAGAUGGCCAUCAGUGGAGGCUUCAUCCGCAGGGUAACGAACGACGCACGAGAGAAUGAAAUGGAUGAAAAUCUGGAGCAGGUCGGGGGCAUCAUCGGAAACCUGCGCCACAUGGCCCUCGACAUGGGCAACGAAAUCGACACUCAGAACCGCCAGAUCGACAGGAUUAUGGAGAUGGCUGAUUCUAACAAAACUAGGAUUGAUGAGGCCAACCAGCGUGCCACAAAGAUGUUGGGAAGUGGCUAAACUGCAAAA